GGGCCACUUUACUAUCUGUAUAUGUCACUUUUGAGCACGUUUUCGACGAACAGCUUCAAUAUUUUGGCUGGAAUCAAUGGCGCGGAAGUCAGCCAAGCGUUGAUCAUCGCCGUCUCUGUCAUCCUGAACGAUCUCCUGUUUCUUCCCUGGCCGCUGGACUUCAGAAUACCUCUGCAUUUGCUUGGCGGCCGUGCUGAGGUUGAGAUAGGCGGUGUUUGGAGUGCUGGAAUGGCUUAUGGAAGCCGUGAAUUGGUCGAGCGCCAUCUGUUCAGUCUAUACUUCAUGCUGCCACUGGUAGCGGUCUGUGCCGGCUUCUUGUACCACAAUUGGUACCCUGCGCGUGCCUUUCCUGGCGACACGCUGUGUUAUGUCACCGGAAUGGCAUUUGCAGUGGUUGGGAUCCAAGCCCACUUUUCGAAGACACUGCUGCUGUUUUUCAUUCCCCAGAUCUUCAACUUCUUGCUCUCUUGCCCGCAGCUCUUUGGACUUGUCCCCUGUCCGCGACACCGGGUUCCAAGGGUUGAUCAUGCGACGAACCUGCUGCACCCCUCGAAAGCCAUGUUCCUGCAGCCGCCAAGCGCAUUGUCAACUGCAGUGCUCAAGAUCCUUGCUGCAGUCGGCCUGACCGAAUUGACGGUGCAUCCUGGGAGUGGCAACAUUCUCGAAGCCAACAACUUGACCAUUCUCAAUUGGUUUUUAUUACGGCUCGGGCCGAUGUCCGAGAAAAGUCUCGUCAAAGUCUUGAUGUACUCUCAGGUCUGCGGGAGCGUGAUUGCCUUUGCCGUACGGUACGGCCUGGCGGGGCUUGUGUUUGACGGCAAUCGACGGUAAAGACCCGGCUAAUGAGAUGGCCCGAGGUGGAUGCCAUCCGUAAACAGACGGAACGGAGCGAGACCUUCUUUUUAUCUCCGCUCCCGAAUGCGGGGGUAGACGGGGCUCCGGGUAGGUAAUUCGUAGAGCACAGGGUCUUGAACUCUCCACCACACAACUAUCAUGUCCAGAGAACGCAUCGCAUUUGCUGAGGAAGUUGCCCGGGUCGAACAGUGGUGGAAGAACCCCCGCUUCGCUCGAGUGAAGCGCCCGUACUCAGCUGCCGACGUCGUUGCUAAGCGGGGGACUCUCCCAAUCGAGUACCCAUCCAACGUUCAAGCGAAGAAACUGUGGUCUCUCUUGAGCGAGCAUGCUAAACAGGGCACGCCCUCACAUACCUAUGGCGCGUCAGUCUUCGAGCUCGUGGUCCACAACAUCACACUCACCGCUUGCAGAUUGGACCCUGUCCAGGUGACCCAGAUGGCCAAAUACCUCGAGACGGUCUAUGUCUCUGGGUGGCAGUCAUCCAGCACGGCAUCCAGCACCAACGAACCCGGCCCCGAUCUCGCUGAUUACCCAUCUAACACGGUCCCCAACAAGGUCGAGCACCUCUUCAUGGCCCAGCUGUUCCACGACCGGAAGCAACGCGAGGCGAGGGCCAACAUGUCCGAUGCCGAACUCGCCAGUGCUCCUGCUCCCGUCGACUAUCUCCGACCGCUGGUCGCUGAUGCAGACACUGGCCACGGUGGACUGACAGCAGUCAUGAAGCUCGCUAAGAUGUUCGUGGAGAAGGGCGCUGCCGGAAUUCACGUGGAAGAUCAAGCCCCGGGAACCAAGAAAUGCGGCCACAUGGCCGGAAAGGUUCUGGUCCCCAUUCAGGAGCACAUCAACCGUCUCGUUGCGAUCCGGUUGCAGUUCGACAUCAUGGGCGUGGACAACCUGGCCAUCGCCCGGACAGAUUCCGAGGCCGCUACGCUCAUCACUUCCAACAUCGACGAUCGCGACCAUGCAUACAUUCUCGGUGCAACCAAGCAGGGCCAGGAGCCUCUGCAGAAAGUGAUGACCGAUGCGGAGAGAGCUGGAAAGGUCGGCGACGAGCUCCAGCGUAUCGAAGACGAAUGGGUAGCCGCGGCCGGUCUCCAACUGUUCUCGACGGCCCUUGCCGUCGCGCUCUCCCAACAAGGCGUGUCGGCGGGAACGGUUGACCGCUUUGUGGCGCGCGUCGCACGAUCGUCGUACCCAGAGGCGGUGGCAAUCGCUCAACGGGAGUAUGGUCUUCGCAGCGUGCCGUACUGGAACUGGGACAGCCCUCGGACCCGAGAGGGAUACUACCGGUACCAAGGCGGGACGGAGUGUGCGAUCAUGCGUUCGAUCGAGUACGCGCCGUACGCGGAUUUGUUGUGGAUGGAGACGAAAAAGCCUAUCUUGGAACAGGCGCGACAGUUCGCGACUGGCGUGCACGCAGCACAUCCGGGCCACUGGCUUGCAUACAACUUGAGUCCGUCGUUCAACUGGGAUGCGGCUGGACUGGGAGACAAGGACAUGGAGUCGUACGUCUGGCAAUUGGGAGCACUCGGCUUCGUGUGGCAGUUCAUCACGCUCGGAGGCCUGCACUCGAACGCGUACAUCUCGGAUCUGUUUGCGAAGAACUACGCAAAGACCGGCAUGAAGGCGUACGUGGAGCUUGUGCAGCGGAAGGAGCGCGAUCUGGGCACAGACGUGCUCACACACCAGAAGUGGAGCGGUGCGGACUAUGCGGACAACUUGAUCAAAACGGUGACAGGAGGUGUUUCAUCGACGUCGGCCAUGGGAAAGGGUGUCACGGAGGCUCAGUUCACGGCCAAGUUGUAGUACUUAGACGAGUAGAGGAAAGAUUGUUCAAUGUAUGCAUCACAUCACUAGCAAUUUCAUGUCACAUGGCUCCUUCACGUGCUCACGCACGG